CAUAAAUGUCGCUUUGAUAUUAAAUUAUUCUUGAUAUUUAUAUAUUGUUAAAUAAUUAAAUAUUUAAGUAAUUCGCACAAUAUUUACGUACGAUAUAUACUUGUACUUUAACAAAAUGAUAAAUGUGAGAGAAAGUUCGCGACGAGCUAGCACCCGAGUAAUUGAAAAUAAAAAAAUGAAUUCAUUCACCAUACAAACUCCUUGCAUUGAAAGUGUUAAAUUAGCGAAUAUAGUUGAGGAUGCCAAUGAAUGUAAUGUGUACUUGAAAUUGGAAAAUAUACAGCCAACUGGAUCGUUUAAGAUCAGAGGAAUUUCAAACAUGAUCCUUAAAGAACUUGAGAGGGGUAAGGUUCGUUUGGUGGCAUCAUCAGGUGGAAAUGCAGGUCUGGCCGCUGCUUAUGUCACCAAGAAAUUGAACGUCCCUUUGGAUUUGUACAUUCCAAUCAACACCAAAAAGGAAAUGCUGGAGAGACUGAGGGCAGAAGGAGCAAAUGUUAUAUUGCAUGGUAAAGUGUGGGAUGAGGCAGAUGAAGAAGCAAGAAAAGAGUUGAGAGAUCCAUCAGUUGGAUAUAUAUCACCUUUUGAUCACCCUGACAUCUGGGAGGGACAUUCCAGCUUGAUAAUGGAAGCAUCUGAACAGAUGUCCAAGAAACCUGACCUGGUCAUUCUUUCUGUGGGUGGAGGUGGCUUGUUGUUGGGCGUGUCCAGAGGAAUGGAAGCUGUCGGGUGGAAUGAUGUUCCGAUUUUGGCUAUGGAAACUGUGGGAGCUGAUUGUCUUCAUCAAGCACUAUUGGCAGGAAAACUGAUAAAAUUACGAUCUAUUACAAGCAUUGCUUCUAGCUUAGGAGCAUUAAUGGUGGCUGAAGAGGUUUUAAAGAUUUCAAAGCAGAGAAAAAUCAUAUCGAAAGUGGUUACUGAUGAGGAAUGUGUUGAGGCAGUUUGUCGAUUCUUGGAUGACCACUGCAUGCUGGUUGAGCCCUCCUGUGGGGCAUCGCUGGCAGCCAUCUACGCAGGGAUCGUGUCCGGCAUGCUACCACAAUUCAAAUCGAACGCAAGGAAAUUGAAAAAUAUUUUGGUUAUUGUUUGUGGUGGGGUAAAUAUCAAUUUAAAUCAGCUCAACAUGUGGAAAACUCAAUUCUCUCUCUAAUUAUCCUAUGUAAUAUUUUGUCCUGCGAAAUUUGUACCGAUGAUUAAAAUUUAAAUUGUCGUUUAAGUCCUGUUGUACGUGAUGCUACAAAUUUAAAAUAAAUUUGUUUAAAAUAAAUAUAUAUAUAAAUAUUAAAGACUCCAUCAGCUUUUGUUUCAUGUGUUGUCUGGUGUGGCCUCUCUUCUGCACUUUCUUUAGUUUUGCGUGGGCUAAAUCUGAAUUUAUUUGAACUAUACAAAUUUCAGUGAUUAAUUAAUUGAUUGGUUGAAUGAAUGAAUGAAUGAUUGAUUAUAAAAAGAUUUGAGGAUUUAACUUGUUCGCAAAGCUUUAAUAAUUUUUUUCCAAAUAAAAGUAAGCUUCAGUUG